AUGGUGAAUAACAAAACUGUAGAUCGUCUCUCACACACGGAUGUCGUGAAGGUUAUCAAAGAACGAUCCGACGUCGAAUUGCUGGUUGCGCAACCGAAGGACUUGGCAUAUUUUCGAAAAUUCCCUGAUGUAAUCAGUGCUGCAAUUAAGAAUCCCAUACGGUGUGAAACAUCGGAAGAGGACUUAAAUAAACUUACUAAUGCUGAAAAACACUUAGUCAAAGCAGAUUCAGAUACAAUGAAUGAAAUUUAUCAACGUAAACGUUCUCUCUUAAAGGCAAAUGAAUUAACGAGCCGUCUACAACGCCAUGGUUGUUUUGGUGACGGCACUGUUGAAAAUGGAUUCCAACCGAAUAUAAUACUGAAAACAAAUACUUCAUUUUGA